AUGAGAUUUGGCCAAAAAGGAAAACUCAGUCCUCGAUUUAUUGGACCAUAUGAAGUACUUAAGAGAGUUAGUCCAGUUGUAUAUAAAUUAGCUCUUCCACUGGAAUUAGAUAAGAUCCACAAUGUCUUCCAUGUUUCUAUGCUUAGAAGAUAUCGCUCAGAUCUAUCUCAUGUUCUUCCUGUCAAAUCCAUUGAGAUAAGUCCUGACCUGACAUAUAAUGAGGAACCUAUCCAAAUCUUUGCCCGUGAGACAAAAAAGCUUAGAAACAAGAAAGUUCCUUUAGUAAAAGUCCUUUGGAGGAAUCAUUCUAGCAAUGAAGCAACGUGGGAGCGAGAAGAGGAUAUGUGA